UGAGCCGCGCCGCAAACAAGAGCUCACACACACACACACACACGCGCGCGCACAGUCGCGCGCGCACCCACUGGGUCUCCAGGCGGCGGCCGUGGCCGCAUCCUCGGCAGCAGCUCCAGGCAAAGUGACAGGAAAAAAUGGUUUCUCUAUGCUAUGGAAUCCUGAAACAUGAUCUUUCUUAAAAAGAGGACAGCGCUGUGAUUUGACUAAGUGGACGUCACCUUCAGUCAAUCCUCAGACAUCUGGUCUUAAAUAUAAUCAUGGCCAAACCUUAUGAAUUUAAUUGGCAGAAGGAAGUUCCUUCAUUUUUGCAAGAAGGAGCAGUUUUUGACAGAUAUGAAGAGGAAUCCUUUGUGUUUGAACCCAACUGCCUCUUCAAAGUGGAUGAAUUUGGCUUCUUUCUGACCUGGAGAAGUGAAGACAAGGAAGGACAAGUUCUAGAAUGUUCUCUCAUCAACAGUGUUCGACUGGGAGCCACACCAAAGGAUCCCAAAAUUUUGGCUGCUCUUGAAGCUAUUGGAAAAUCAGAAAAUGACCUGGAAGGGAGGGUAGUUUGUGUCUGCAGUGGUACAGAUCUGGUGAACAUCAGUUUCACAUACAUGGUGGCUGAAAAUUCAGAAGUAACUAAGCAAUGGGUCGAAGGCCUGAGAUCCAUCAUACACAACUUCAGGGCCAACAAUGUCAGUCCCAUGACAUGCCUCAAGAAACACUGGAUGAAAUUGGCAUUUAUGACCAACACAAAUGGUAAAAUUCCAGUUAGGAGUAUUACCAGAACCUUUGCAUCAGGGAAAACAGAAAAGGUGAUCUUUCAAGCACUCAAGGAGCUAGGUCUUCCCAGUGGAAAGAAUGAUGAAAUUGAACCUGCAGCAUUUACUUAUGAAAAGUUCUAUGAACUGACACAAAAGAUUUGUCCUCGGACAGAUAUAGAGGAUCUUUUUAAAAAAAUCAAUGGAGACAAAACUGAUUAUUUAACGGUAGACCAAUUAGUGAGCUUUCUAAAUGAACAUCAACGAGAUCCUCGAUUGAAUGAAAUUUUAUUCCCAUUUUAUGAUGCUAAAAGGGCAAUGCAGAUCAUUGAGAUGUAUGAGCCUGAUGAAGACUUGAAGAAAAAAGGCCAAAUAUCAAGUGAUGGGUUUUGCAGAUACCUGAUGUCAGAUGAAAAUGCCCCAGUCUUCCUAGAUCGCCUAGAGCUUUACCAAGAAAUGGACCACCCUCUGGCUCACUACUUCAUCAGCUCUUCCCACAACACCUAUCUCACUGGCAGACAGUUUGGUGGGAAGUCUUCAGUAGAAAUGUACAGACAGGUCCUCCUGGCUGGUUGCAGAUGUGUUGAACUUGACUGUUGGGAUGGAAAAGGUGAGGACCAAGAACCAAUAAUAACUCAUGGAAAAGCAAUGUGCACAGAUAUCCUUUUUAAGGAUGUUAUUCAAGCCAUCAAGGAAACUGCAUUUGUCACAUCUGAAUAUCCUGUAAUUCUCUCCUUUGAAAAUCACUGCAGCAAAUAUCAACAGUACAAGAUGUCCAAAUAUUGCGAAGAUCUAUUUGGAGAUCUCCUGUUGAAACAAGCACUUGAAUCACAUCCACUGGAACCAGGCAGACCCUUGCCAUCCCCAAAUGACCUCAAAAGAAAAAUACUCAUCAAAAAUAAACGGCUGAAACCUGAGGUUGAGAAAAAACAGCUUGAAGCUUUGAAAAGUAUGAUGGAAGCAGGAGAAUCCGCUGCCCCAGUGAACAUCUUAGAGGAUGACAAUGAAGAGGAAAUAGAAAGUGCUGAGCAAGAGGAGGAAGCUCACCCUGAAUACAAAUAUGGAAAUGAACUUUCUGCAGACGACUUGGGUCACAAGGAAGCUAUUGCCAAUAGUGUUAAGAAGGCUUCAGAUGACCUUGAACAUGAAAACAACAAAAAGGGCCUGGUAACUAUAGAAGAUGAGCAGGCAUGGAUGGCAUCUUAUAAAUAUGUAGGUGCUACCACUAAUAUCCAUCCAUAUUUGUCCACAAUGAUCAACUAUGCACAGCCCGUAAAGUUUCAAGGUUUCCAUGUGGCUGAAGAACGCAAUAUUCAUUAUAACAUGUCUUCUUUUAAUGAGUCAGUUGGUCUAGGCUACUUGAAGACACAUGCGAUUGAAUUUGUGAAUUAUAACAAACGGCAAAUGAGUCGCAUUUACCCCAAGGGAGGCCGAGUUGAUUCCAGUAAUUACAUGCCUCAGAUUUUCUGGAACGCUGGCUGCCAGAUGGUUUCGCUGAACUAUCAAACCCCAGAUUUAGCGAUGCAAUUGAAUCAGGGAAAAUUUGAGUAUAAUGGAUCGUGCGGGUACCUUCUCAAACCAGAUUUCAUGAGACGGCCCGAUCGAACAUUUGAUCCCUUCUCUGAAACGCCUGUUGAUGGGGUUAUUGCAGCCACUUGCUCAGUGCAGGUCAUAUCAGGUCAGUUCUUAUCAGAUAAAAAAAUUGGCACAUACGUAGAAGUGGAUAUGUAUGGGUUGCCCACUGACACUAUCCGGAAGGAAUUCCGAACACGCAUGGUGAUGAACAAUGGACUCAAUCCAGUUUACAAUGAAGAAUCAUUUGUAUUUCGGAAGGUGAUCCUCCCUGACCUGGCAGUCUUGAGAAUUUCAGUGUAUGAUGACAAUAACAAGCUGAUUGGCCAGAGGAUUCUGCCACUGGAUGGCCUCCAAGCAGGCUAUCGACACAUUUCUCUUCGAAAUGAGGGAAAUAAACCUUUAUCACUGCCAACAAUUUUCUGCAAUAUUGUUCUUAAAACAUAUGUGCCUGAUGGAUUUGGAGAUAUUGUGGAUGCUUUAUCAGAUCCAAAGAAAUUUCUUUCCAUUACGGAAAAGAGAGCAGACCAAAUGAGAGCUAUGGGCAUUGAAACCAGUGACAUCGCCGACGUGCCCAGUGACACAUCGAAGAAUGAAAAGAAAGGGAAAGCCAACACAGCGAAAGCAAGUGUGACCCCUCAGAGCAGCUCAGAGCUCAGGCCCACCACCACGGCCACCCUGGGAGCUGGCCUGGAGGCCAAGAAAGGUAUUGAAUUGAUCCCUCAAGUGAGGAUAGAAGAUUUAAAGCAGAUGAAGGCUUACUUGAAGCAUUUAAAGAAACAACAGAAGGAGCUCAAUUCUUUAAAGAAGAAACAUGCAAAGGAGCACAGUACCAUGCAGAAGCUACAUUGCACACAAGUUGACAAAAUUGUGGCACAGUAUGACAAGGAGAAGUCAACUCAUGAGAAAAUCCUAGAGAAGGCAAUGAAGAAGAAGGGGGGAAGUAAUUGUCUCGAAAUGAAGAAAGAAACAGAAAUUAAAAUUCAGACGCUGACAUCAGAUCACAAAUCUAAGGUCAAGGAGAUCGUGGCGCAGCACACAAAAGAGUGGUCAGACAUGAUCAACACCCACAGUGCGGAGGAGCAGGAGAUCCGGGAUCAGCAUCUCAGCCAGCAGUGCGAGCUGCUCAGAAAGCUCCUGAUCAAUGCCCACGAGCAGCAGACCCAGCAGUUGAAACUGUCCCAUGACAGGGAAAGCAAGGAAAUGCGAGCACACCAGGCUAAGAUUUCUAUGGAAAAUAGCAAAGCCAUCAGCCAAGAUAAAUCUAUCAAGAAUAAAGCAGAACGGGAAAGGCGGGUCAGGGAGUUAAACAGCAGCAACACUAAAAAGUUUCUGGAAGAAAGAAAGCGACUCGCAAUGAAGCAGUCCAAAGAAAUGGACCAGUUGAAAAAAGUCCAGCUUGAGCACCUCGAAUUCCUAGAGAAACAGAAUGAGCAGCUUUUGAAAUCCUGUCAUGCAGUGUCCCAAACGCAAGGCGAAGGAGAUGCAGCAGAUGGUGAAAUUGGAAGCCGAGAUGGACCGCAGACCAGCAACAGUUGUGUGAAACUCCAGGACGCAAACUGAAACUGCAGAACCACCGCAUCAAAAGAGCACUCCCAAAGUUCUGAACACAAAUUCCGCGGAAGAAAGCUGAUGUCUUUUGCGUUUCCUUUAUGUUUAGACAAGAUGUCACCUGAAACCACAGAGACUUACAUACUUCUCUUAAAUGUUUUGAAUACUGAAUUUCCUUGGGCAACCAAAAGUAGCUACAAAUCCCCCAAAGUUACGAUUCCAAUAAGGCAGAGUUUACCCAUUGAUCAUACCACUUAAACAUGUUUGCUAUAAAGUACCAUCACAAAUAAAUGAGCUUGGUGUUAACAACUCUGCUUUGUGAUGCAUUAGGACAUGUUUGAGCAGCAGCAAAAAUAGAGUAUUAGCCAUGUGAUAGUAAGUGCAUGCGCUAGGGGGAAAAAAAAACUCUGUCUACAAAUUUAUCAGCAGAAGUGGUGAUCUGCUAGACAAAUAAUUGGGGGGAAUUUUUCUACAUCUAAGUUACCUCAUCAGUAAGUGCCAUGUCUCCACCAUGCCAUAAGAAGCUAACUUCCUGUAACAGUUGUGGAAAUUAUUAGAACAAUAGAAAAAAAAAAAAAGAA